UGUUAGCUAGCAUGGGCCGGCCGGCCGGGGCCCGGCUGAACAAUCAUCUUGCACAAAAAAUCAUCUUUUGAACUCUGAGUCUGAAGCCCGGACAGAUAUCUGCAGAGUCGACUAGUAUUAUACUAGUAGUCCGAUUAGUUGUCUCUUGCCAACUGGCUUUUACUUCACAGUUUGCUAAACCUCAGUGUUAUCCUUGAGGAAGUCGUUUGACGAUUUGUAGUACUUUCCUAGGUCUCAGUACGACAAUAUAGAGUGUUCUUCGCACGAACGGAGCUCCGAAGUCAGUUUGCCGUGAGAACUGCAGUAUAGUCGAGUCGGAGUCCGUCGCGGACGAAAUGGCAACAUUUUUGUAUUUCGCGUAUGGAUCCAAUCUCAUGGCGAGGCGGCUGAGAAAGAGCUGUCCGUCCGCCAAGCUGUUUGGCUGUGCACGCCUGGACAACCACUCUCUGUGCUUCUGGGAUCUACAGACGGGCCCGUCGGGCCGCUGGCAGGGUGCCGUUGCCACCAUAACGCCGAAGGAGGGCGAUCACGUGUGGGGUGCUGUGUGGGAAAUCGAGCAGACCGAGAUGGCCAAUCUGGACAAGCAAGAGAGCCUACACACGGGCAUCUACCGGCGUUACCCGGUGCAGGCGGAGAUGUCGGGCAGCGACGGAGGCGGUGAUGGUGGUGGCUGCCGGGACUGUGUCUCCUACGCCAUGGUCGAGUAUACUGCGGAGCAGAGGAAAGGCGUUCCGUCGCCGCACUACCUGCGCGUGAUCCGCGACGGGUCGGCGGACUGCGGCCUGCCCGAUGAGUACCAGAAGCGGCUCAACUCCAUUCAGGAUAACGGCUUCACUGGCGACGUGUCUGGAAUGAUUGGCCUUUAUUGAUUGGCCUCUAUUGAUGCCAACAACUGUGACUGUGCUCUGGUCCCGAUAUGGAGAAGGCAGUACACUGUAGCAGGAUAAUAUCGUCGUGCCAUUCCGAAUGGAACGCUUUCAGCCAAACAAUGCCAUCUUGGUUUUGUGUGCACAUCGCCGCCAAGCUGCUGGUUCCAGGUGGCCGUGGCAACUGGGCUCUGGAGCGAAAGAUACGGCAGUUGCUAUCAGUCGUGCAAUGAAGAUGCCACCCUGCAGCUAAUUCCACACAUCCACCAUCUCUACAUUUGAUAAUUGUUCUGGUCCGGCGGUGGCUGCGAGAAGUCCUGCGGCUACUCCGCCGCAGACUUGAGAGGCAUUUGCUGCAGUGUGGCGCGCUGACUGUCAAUGUGCGGGCACGUGGCAGCAACAACUUACUUGUGCCGGUGUCUUCAAGUGCCGUGUGGUCUCGCCUAGUCUAAUAAAGAACCAUGAAUGGACGGACUGAACUCAAAUUAGGGUUGAAACGAUUAUACCGAAUGAUCGAGUACUCGUUUGAUAACUCUAACGAUCGAGCAAUCGUUUAGAUUACCGAUUACGAUUAUUUUGCGUUUUUUUAAAUUUUUAGUUCCAUACACGCAGUGCAUACAGCGCAGAAUAUAGUAUAGUACACAGUAGAUCUACUAAGUGAACAAUCAUGCCACAUAGCAUUUUUGUGCAAAAUUGUGUACAUAUUUCCACUCUUGGCCAUUCCACGUACAUGUGUACAUAUUCCAGGUGCGGCCUCUUAAAGGGGAAGUAUACCCUAAAAUCAAAUUUUCACC